AUUCAUCGCUCCGCGUUCCAGAAGUUACCCUCAUAACGAUUUACCAGUCCGGGAAUUUCAUCCCUUUUUCUUGUGGGGUGUUUUUGUGUGUAUUGUUGCAUGAUGGAGGAGCUUUCAGAUAAUAGUUCAUGCAGCUCUGCUGUCAUGGCCUCCUCCAGUACUGGCAAUGAGGUUAAGAAGUCCGAAAAUGUCGAUCAGGGAACUCCCUUAGAGCCACUGCCUUUGCUGAGCUGCUUGGCUAAGGCUUUGCAUGAAAACCCUAAAGACGCUAACCCUAACGCUCAUCCAUUCGGAGAAGUUGGGGAUGACGUCACCGUGGCGCUCCACAUCGGCCUCCCUAAUCAUUCAGGCGGGUCGGCGGGUUCUUCCUCGGAAGCUACGAGCCGAAGUGCUGGUGCGGGAAGAUAUUGGAUCCCUACUGCGGAGCAAAUUCUCAUUGGAUUCACCCAUUUUUCAUGCCAUGUUUGCUACAAAACGUUCAACCGCUACAACAAUCUUCAGAUGCACAUGUGGGGGCACGGUUCACAGUACCGGAGAGGGCCGGAAUCUCUCAAGGGCACACAACCAAGGGCCAUGCUGGGGAUACCGUGCUACUGCUGCGUCGAGGGGUGCCGGAACCACAUCGACCACCCAAGGGCCAAGCUGCUCAAGGACUUCCGGACCCUUCAGACGCACUACAAGCGGAAGCACGGGUCGAAGCCCUUCGCAUGCCGCAAGUGUGGCAAACUCCUAGCCGUCAAGGGCGACUGGAGGACCCACGAGAAGAACUGCGGCAAGCGCUGGCUCUGCAUCUGCGGCUCCGACUUCAAGCACAAGAGGUCACUCAAGGACCACAUCAAGUCGUUCGGCCCUGGCCACGGGCCUUUUCCUCCCGAUUCGUUCGACAUCGGGGUCGAGGUGUCUGGUAGUGGAUCUGUAGCAACGUUCAUGUUCGUCUGAUUCUUAGAUGCUUAAAUAAUGUUGACUCAUCUUCGCAAGUUGAUAUCGGAUCGUCUCCCUGAUGUAUCAUUUUACCUCGUGUGAUAUCAAGGGUUAGUCCUACGA